AAAUUGAUGACAGUUAUGAAUUUCCCCGCAAGGAUCUGCUGUAUCUCCUCAAAGCCUGGUCUUUCUGCAGCCCAGCGGAAGUUUGCUCAUUCGCUCAGAGACUUUAAGUUCGAGUUUAUUGGAGACGCCGAGACUGAUGAUGAGCGAUGCAUAGAUGCUUCCUUACGGGAAUUUUCCAACUUUUUGAAGAAUCUUGAAGAACAGAGAGAGAUCAUGGCAUUGAGUGUUACUGAGACCCUGAUUAAACCCUUGGAAAAAUUCAGAAAAGAACAACUCGGAGCUGUAAAGGAAGAAAAGAAGAAGUUUGACAAAGAGACAGAAAAGAAUUACAGUCUAAUUGAUAAACACUUGACUCUCUCUGCCAAGAAGAAAGACUCACAUUUGCAAGAGGUAUUCUUUUCGUGUGCACAGUUGGAUACCAUGGGAUUCACAAUUCUCAGAAAAUGCAUCAGUGCCGUUGAGACCCGAGGUAUAAAUGACCAAGGACUGUACAGAGUUGUGGGGGUGAGUUCAAAGGUCCAGAGACUUCUGAGUAUGUUGAUGGAUGCAAAAACAUGCAAUGAGCUGGACCUGGAGAAUUCCUUAGACUGGGAAGUGAAGACGGUUACAAGUGCCUUGAAACAGUAUCUGAGGAGUCUUCCAGAACCUCUUAUGACCUAUGAGUUACAUAGAGACUUCAUUGUUCCAGCCAAAAGUGGCAGCCCGGAGUCCCGUGUUAAUGCCAUCCAUUUCUUGGUACACAAACUGCCAGAGAAAAACAAGGAGAUGUUGGAUAUCCUGGUGAAACACCUAACCAAUGUGUCAAAUCACUCGAAGCAGAAUCUAAUGACCGUGGCAAAUUUAGGAGUGGUGUUUGGACCAACUCUGAUGCGACCACAGGAAGAAACUGUUGCUGCCAUCAUGGAUUUGAAGUUUCAGAAUAUUGUUGUAGAAAUCUUAAUUGAAAACCACGAGAAGAUAUUUCGGACCUCGCCUGAUACUGCAUUCCCUGAGCCCACCUGCCUGUCAGCAUCACCUCCAAAUGCUCCACCACGCCAGUCAAAGAGACAGGGGCAGAGGACGAAGAGGCCGGUGGCCGUGUAUAAUCUUUGUCUCGAGCUGGAAGAUGGUGACAAUCCCGGCCCUCUCAAGGAGGACACCCCCACCAGCAGUCAGGAUUCACUGUCCACUCCAUCUCCUACAACUUCAACUGCCCAUGGACCUUCUGGACCAGACAGAAACCACCUUGCAGCAGAGGGAGGAAACUGUGGGGACUGGACAGCCACUACGCCAAGCCAUUCCCGGGCGUCUACAGUGCCGUGGCUAAAUCUGCAGUCGCCAACCACACCAAGCUCCAACCCAGAGGGCACCUCUCCAUCACCCAGGAUGUCCCAUCUGCCCCUCUCUCCUGCUGCCUCCGUUGUAGACAAGCUGCCCGAAUGCGUUAUCAAUCGCAAGGCCCGUGCCGUGUACCCCUGUGAGGCAGAACACAGCUCGGAACUGUCAUUUGAAAUAGGAGCCAUUUUUGAGGAUGUUCAGACCUCAAGGGAACCUGGCUGGCUGGAAGGGACCCUGAAUGGCAAGAGAGGGCUGAUUCCACAGAAUUAUGUCAAGCUGCUGUAGCUCCUGGCCUCAGGGGGCUCCCGCUGAUCCUGGCACCAUGCACCAGCCUGGGAACACCACCAAACACCACCAUCACGCUCAGGAACUGCAGAUCACCACGGGCACUCCAGGGCUGGGGAGGGGGUGGACUGUGCAGAUGUAUGUGUAAGGAGAGCAUCGUCAGCACAGGUGGAGUGGAUUCUCACCUGGCAGGCACUGGGGCUUGCGAUUUUUAAUUCUCCAGCCUGUGGAACGGGGAGGGCAGGGCCACUGGUGACGUCACUGCCAGGCAUGGAGGAACCCAGCUCUCCAUGCGCCUGCUGUUAAGUUUUCAUGGGAACUGUGCUACUCUUGUAUUGUAUGUCCAGGACACAUGUGGCCUUGUGGAUGCAGGGGAGUUGGUCCCAGCCUGAAGAGAAGCCAAGAGAAGCUUUUCAAGCCUUGCCUUCCUGCCUGCCUCCCCGGCUCCCCGGCUCCCCGGGCCUGCUCACUGGAGCUGCACCAAGCUCACCUGUGUGCUUACAGCAGUCUUUUCCACGUGCUCACCUGGGUGCUGUUUGCCCCAUGCCACCUUGUUGCCACAAGGCCCCUCUGUAAAUGAAAUAAAAUGUAAUUUACUAUUUGG